AUGGACUCUUGCGAGUUUACUUACAUCGGUCGAAGUGAUUCACAACCAAAACAUGCGUUGGGUAUUGAACGUUCAUGGGAUGAACUCAAAGCUGAGUUUGGCCGCAGUGGACCUGGGCUUCCUGGCGCAAUUUACUUUAAAACAAUCAGUGUCGAAGGACCUACACUCUUUGCUGUUGUAGAUGGUAAUACGGUACUGUACCAUGAGCAUGACAAAUGGUAUCAUUACAUAACAGCGAAAGAUGUCAAGUUUGGUAUGUUGAAUACGGAUGAACGCAAUCCAGCGCGAGCAACAAUUGACAAGAAUUAUUUGGAUGAUAAGAAAUGGUCUGUUACUUAUAACACCUAA